CUCCAACCCUAAACACCCUAAAUGACCCCCGAGAGCGCGACCGAGGGCAAGGGCACGUGGACCCAAGACGAGCACCUCCGGUUUUUGCAGGCGAUGGAGCGGUAUCCGAACGGCCCGUGGAAGGCGAUCGCAGACCUGAUCGCCACCCGCACGAUUCGCCAGACGCAAACCCACGCUCAGAAAUACCGCGAGAAGCUCGAGCGUCGACGCCGCGGCCUGCGCACGACCCCUGUGUUUGAGACGGCGCUGCCCGUCGCGCCCAUCGAGGACGAGUUGGCGCCCGAGGUCUACUACCACACGGACGAUAUUGGCGUCGUGCCGGGCUUUGCCGACUGCCUCGAUUUUUUGAUUGCGAUGCUAGACCCCCCGAGCGCGAUGCAGCCGUCCUGUGCCUAGCCCUAGUUCCUAUAAGCUCACUCUAAGUUAUCAUUUCUCUCCGCGACCCGUGAUGGUACAAGGCUGUGCCUUUGUGUGGUGGCGGUGCCGUGCG